GCAAGGAGACCUGGAGACUGUAGUGCUGGAGAGCUCCGCUCGGGGACCGACCGACGCGGGAAGCGAGGACGCCGUUCCGCACUGCUCUUUCUCGCGCUGCCUAGCCGUCCCUUCUCGCCAUGUCUCAAAGCAGACGUCGCGCGGAGGCCCCGCCACUGGAGCGCGAGGACAGCGGGACCUUCAGUUUGGGGAAGAUGAUAACAGCUAAGCCAGGGAAAACACCGAUUCAGGUAUUACACGAAUAUGGCAUGAAGACCAAGAACAUCCCGGUUUAUGAAUGUGAAAGAUCCGAUGUGCAGAUACACGUGCCAACUUUCACCUUCAGAGUAACCGUUGGGGACAUAACCUGCACAGGUGAAGGUACAAGUAAGAAGCUGGCGAAACACCGAGCUGCAGAGGCGGCCAUCCACAUUCUGAAAGCCAAUGCAAGUAUUUGCUUUGCAGUUCCUGACCCCUUAAUGCCUGACCCUUCCAAACAACCAAAGAACCAGCUUAAUCCUAUUGGUUCAUUACAGGAAUUGGCUAUUCAUCAUGGCUGGAGACUUCCUGAAUAUACUCUUUCCCAGGAAGGAGGACCUGCUCAUAAGAGAGAAUAUACCACAAUUUGCAGGCUAGAGUCAUUUAUGGAAACUGGAAAGGGGGCAUCGAAGAAACAAGCCAAGAGAAAUGCUGCUGAAAAAUUUCUUGCCAAAUUUAGUAAUAUUUCUCCAGAGAACCACAUUUCUCUAACUAAUGUAGUAGGAAAUUCUUUAGGAUGCACUUGGCAUUCCUUGAGGAAUUCUCCUGGUGAAAAGAUCAACUUACUGAAAAGAAGCCUCCUUAGUAUUCCUAAUACAGAUUACAUCCAGCUGCUUAGUGAAAUUGCCAAGGAACAAGGUUUUAACAUAACGUAUUUGGAUAUAGAAGAACUGAGUGCAAAUGGGCAGUAUCAGUGUCUCGCCGAACUGUCAACCAGUCCUAUCACAGUCUGUCAUGGCUCCGGCAUCUCCUGUGGCAAUGCACAGAGUGAUGCUGCCCACAAUGCUUUGCAGUAUUUAAAGAUAAUAGCAGAAAGAAAGUAAACUUAGGGCAUCUUAGAAAGUCCUUCAGUAGCACAUAAAAAGUUUCCGUCACUCCUUCCCCAGUAAAACUUCUACUGUAUUGUUUGAGUUUGUGUGUUGUUUCCACAUCUCUUCGGAUUCCAUCAACACUCCAGAUUUAAUUAUCUCCUGGUAGUUAUUACUAAGCUCUUUUUAAUGGCUUCAACUUUGUAUUGGUAUAUUGUUUUUAUAAACUUUGUACCACGAACCAGAGCAGGGCCAGGCAAAUGGGAGGAAGAAACUGCAUGUUUGAUAAUGAUGAUGAAGAAGAAGAAAAAGAAAUAAAACUACUGCUAGCAACAGUCUUACUGGUGCUUAAACAACUUCUUUUUUUUUUUUUUUUUUUUUUUUUUUGCGCAAGGCUUCGUAACGGGAAUUUGAAGGAAGCCCUUUUAGGUUUAGAUGUUGAGAGAUGGCAUUAACAGACUUUUACUGAAUGUGAUUGUUAAAUUUCAGGGAACAUGAUUGGUCUCCUGUGUAUUUGAAACCAUGUAAUAAAGAGCUGUUGUUAUAAUGAGGUUCUGCUCAUUUUAUUAAAGAGCUACUGACUUGA